UCAUGGCGGACCGCUCCCUGCACCUGGCGGCUCUGAUCCUCCUCGGGGCGGCCAUGUGUGCGGCUCAGCCCCGCGGCAGGAUCCUGGGUGGCCAAGAGGCCAUGUCCCACUCGCGGCCCUACAUGGCAUCCGUGCAAGUGAACGGCAAGCACGUGUGCGGAGGCUUCCUGGUGGCUGAGCAGUGGGUGAUGAGUGCAGCGCACUGCCUGGAGGAUAUGGCCGACGGGAAGGUGCAGGUGCUCCUGGGCGCGCACUCCCUGUCACAGCCGGAGCCCUCCAAGCGCCUGUACGACGUGCUACGCGCAGUGCCCCACCCAGACAGCCGGCCGGACACCAUCGACCACGACCUCCUCCUGCUGCAGCUCUCUGAGAAGGCCGUGCUGGGCCCCUACGUGCAGCCCCUGCCCUGGCAGCGAGAGAACCGCGACGUGGCGGGUGACUCUGGAGGCCCGCUGGUGUGCGGCGGCGUGGCCGAGGGCGUGGUCACCUCGGGCUCACGUGUUUGUGGCAACCACAAGAAGCCCGGCAUCUACACGCGCGUGGCGAGCUACGUGGCCUGGAUCGACGGAGUGAUGGCUGAGGGCUCAGCUGCCUGA